CUCGCAGACCUCGUCGAUACUAACCACCCACUCCCCAGCAAUCCCAUCGCCAAACCGCAAACAUGGGUAAAGGAAAGCCGAGAGGUCUCAACGCCGCCCGCAAGCUGCGCAACCAUCGCCGUGAGGGACGAUGGGCCGAUCUCCACUACAAGAAGCGCCUUCUCGGAACCGCCUACAAGUCCUCGCCGUUCGGUGGCUCCUCCCACGCCAAGGGCAUAGUCCUCGAGAAGGUCGGUGUUGAGGCCAAGCAGCCCAACUCCGCCAUCCGAAAGUGUGUCAGGGUUCAGUUGAUCAAGAACGGAAAGAAGGUCACUGCUUUCGUCCCCAACGACGGUUGCUUGAACUUUGUCGACGAGAACGACGAGGUCCUGCUUGCCGGUUUCGGUCGCAAGGGCAAGGCCAAGGGUGAUAUUCCCGGUGUGCGUUUCAAGGUUGUCAAGGUCUCCGGUGUCGGUCUGUCGGCUCUGUGGAAGGAGAAGAAGGAGAAGCCCAGGUCAUAGACGACUCAAUCAACGGAGUUUGGGAAUACAAACGUCGAGCGAAGCCCGCCAUGAACGAGUGAUGGAACCCGCGGAUGAUUAUGGGAGGUUACCGGAGUCUUACAUUGGGGAUAUUCCUGUGCUUCUACUCGGCAUAUGAAAAGUCAUGACUGGCUUGUGGUUAGAUAGAGAAAUCCGACCAUCCAAGCGCCCUCCAUUGGUUUUUGAUCCGUGUUUCGAUUUGUUCCUAUCUCAUGUGUCAAGCUACUCUGGCGCACUCAGCUUAACGAUUUGCAUCGACUUGUCUAUUGGAUGCUUCCUAUACUCAAUGGGUACGUCAUAUGAAUGUACGUUGUUUACCAGAAUAUAAAGUCAACCCUACCAUCUAUAAGACCCCUACGACUCCAAUGC